UCGUGUCCGAGACUGGGAACGAAGGCCACAUAAAUGUCUGAAGAGCGUUGCACGUUGGGCCUAUGGAGCAUGACGAGUCUCUGACGCUGACACUCACAAAUCGACCAAGUCUUGGCUGGAGUUUGUGAUGAAUUCGCUCGGAGAGAGGGCAGAGGAGACAGGUCAAUGGCCGAGGUCACGCAUGCUGAGAUAGAGGUUUGAAUUGGCCGCAUAGCGCAGCGCUUCAGCCGAGAACUCGAGGCUUGAGCGCAACGCGCGACGGCGAAGAAGAUCUGCUGUUGUGCAGAUUCUGGCCUUCAUGUUGAUGACACAUUUCUUGAACGAGGUCGAUCUGAUCGACUGUCAUUCCGUGGAUCGUGCCGGCGAGGAUGAAGGCUGAGGGUUGCUGAAGCUCCAGGAGAAGGAGAAGGAGAAGGAGAAUCCGAAGCCGCGAUGGCUCCGCUGGCUCAGAGCAAGGAUAAGGACGCAAAGGGUUUCAGGCGCCCGUUUCAGCGCGGUGGAACGUGGGGGUCCGUGGAAUACUCGGUCGUGCUCGGCGCAUUGAUCACGAUCGUCGCUACCGUUUGGAUAGCGCAGAAUUUUGAGCAAGUUUGGACAAUUUGGCGAGCGGAGCAGACUGCCGAGGAACUUGUCGACGACGGAAUAUCUAAUCUCGGUUGGAAGGAUCACACAGUGCAGAUCACCAGAUUGGAAAGUGCCGUGGAGUUGGGCGCAGUGUGUUUGGAUGGAUCCCCUCCAGCCUACUACCUGGACCGAGGAUCUGGAAAAGGCGCUGACAAAUGGAUUGUCCACCUCGAGGGAGGGGGUUGGUGCCGUACUGCUGCGGAGUGCCUAGACCGUGCUUUUACUCAACUGGGAUCUUCCAGAUACAUGCCUGAUGAAAUUUACCUGGGAGGCAUGAUGAGCAGUAAUCCUGCUGUCAAUCCAGAUUUCUACAAUUGGAAUCGUGUGAAGUUCAAAUAUUGCGAUGGUGGUUCCUUUUUUGGGGAGGUCAAUGAAGCGUUGACAAUGACACAAUCGAUGGCAAACCACCAUUCAGAAAGGACUGCAACUGUUUACUACAGGGGUAUGAGAGUAUGGAAUGCUGUCAUGACUGACCUCCUCGCAAAAGGGAUGGAAAAUGCAACGAAGGGAUUUCUGGCGGGUUGCUCGGCAGGUGGCUUGGCAUCAACGCUCCAGUGUGAUAAUUUCAAGAACGUUAUGCCGGAAAAGGCUACUGUGAAGUGCUUGAGCGAUGCCGGGUUUUUUGUACACAUGCCAGAUAUCAAAGGACAAGAUUCAAUCGAAUCGUUAUACAGAGAUGUUGUCACGCUGCAGAACAUUACAGAAAGGCUGCCGGAGAGUUGUACUUCAGUUAGAGAUCCGAGUCUGUGUAUUUUCCCUACCUACCGGCUGUCAACCAUCACCACGCCAUUCUUUAUGCUCAAUCCUGCUUAUGACAAUUGGCAGUUCUACAACGUCCUCAUUCCGUCCUCUGCGGACCCUAGUUUCGACUGGGAAAGCUGUAAAUCGAACUUAGCCCUUUGCACUGAAGGACAAAUGGAACUUGUGCAAGGUUUCAGGGAUGUGCUUCUAAAUCAGCUAAAGGACUUGAUCACGAACCCCAAAGAUGGAGCUUUUAUAAAUUCUUGCUAUACCCACUGCCAGUCUGAACAAGACUGGUCCUGGAGUGGAGCCGAUGGACCCAAAAUUAAUGGCAAGUCUAUAUCGCAGGUCGUGGGUGAAUGGUUCAAUGACGACACUGCUCACAUUGUGGUGGACUGCGCAUACCCUUGUAACCCGACUUGUCACUGAAAUGUCUCGAGUGUAAAGAUAUUCAUGACAGCCCUGCUGUUUCGAUAUGUUUACUGGCACAAUCCUUGAUAAAGCCCUUACUAGUGACAAAAAGCUGUGCUUUCCGAGAUUUUGCUCCUCGUCCUCUGGAAUGCGAAUACCCUUGUGGCCCGACUUGUCACGAAAACUCGUCAUGUGUGAAUAUAUUCAUGACAACCAGUCUGUUAUGAUACGCUUGUUGGCACGAUCAUUGCGAAAGCCCUUAUGAGCCAUAAAAAGCUGUGCUUUGGGAGGAUUCUGUCAACAGCUACCGGGUGUACCAAUGAAAACCUUCUACAUCGCCAUCUCACCACAAAUAUACAUUAGUACGGGUUUUAAUACACUUUGUCUUCAUGACGCCUGAAUUGAUAGGCUUCAUGCGUCAUUAACCCUGAAUUAGAAGGAACUUGUAAUUUAGAGCAAGUGAUUGUACAGAUUUUCUACAAGGAAAUUAAAAACACCACGAUCC